GACUGAUCGCAAGUGCAAACAGAAACAGUGAUUAACUCGAGAUGUUACGCGCCAUAUUCUUAAUGGUCGCCCUCGCGGCCUGUAUUGGAGUCAACGGUGAUGUGUUCGAGGAUACCUUCGACUUGAGCAGUGAGGAAUCGAUUGCCAAAUCGAUGAACGUCGCCUUUGGAGAGUACAGAAGUGAACUCGGACCUCUGCUGGAAGGUCCUGUGGAUAGUUCUAACAAGGAUGCCGCAGUCACUCUACGAUGUGCCAGCAGAUCUGAGCCCAACUUCAAAACAUUCCACGAUGACCGAAACUCAUGGAAAGAAUUGAAGUUCUCGCCAUCAUUAAUUAUGAUAGUCCAUGGUUGGCUGGAUAACUCAAAUGAACAUUGGGUUCAAAAAACGGCUCAUGAAUUGCUCAAAAUACGUGAUUCUACCAUUUGUCUUGUGGAUUGGAACUACCGUGCACGGUACAAUUACCGCCAAGCAGCUUUGGAACACACGCCAUUUGUAGCAGAUUUGAUUACCCGAUUUGUCCGAUACUCGAGCGAAGUGGGUGUACCAUUGGAAAAAGUUACCUUCAUUGGACACAACUUGGGAGCUCAUAUUUCUGGACAGGCUGGCAAGAGCCUUGGCGGAAGAGUUGGUGAAAUCUAUGGUCUGGAUCCUCUAGGACCUUUGUUUGAAUACCCUAAGGAUCGUGGAUUGCAAAUGCGUCUGGAUCAAAGCGAUGCGAAUUACGUUCAGAUCAUCGUCACUUCCAGACACGAGUUGGGCCUUGUUAAUGGCGAAGGUCACGAAAACUUCUACCCGAAUGGUGGUGAAUCAGCGUCGAACUGUCCCAUUCCGGAUACGAAUUCGAAGGAAUUGACGAGACGCAUUGCAUGCAGCGAGUGGGAGGCCACCGAAUUUUUCAAUCGAUCACUGAACCCAAACAAUAUAUACGAAGGAAGACAAUGCAAAGAUUGGCCGUCAUUCCUUGCACAUCGUUGCGAUUCCAACAAAGCUAACGUUUUGGGUAUUCACAGCCACAGAAUUGGUGGUGACUUCUAUUUGACCGCCGAGCCCAUACUUCCAGACAAACCUGCACAUUAGCUAUGUUUGGUAUAUAUUUUAUUAUAUAAGAUGACUGCAGUUAUCAGUAUUAUUUUUGGUGGUGGAUAUAUAAUGAUAAAUGGAAAACAUAACUUUAUUACUGAUCAGAAUAAAACAAACAGGAAAACGCAAAAAUAUUCCACUAAGAUAGUAUCCAGAAAAUCCAAUUGGUGAAUAUUCAAAAGUUCUAAUCUUCAUGUCAUUUUCUGCUGAUACAUCGUAUCUCAUUUCACGACAAAUCGGAUACUUUCAAUAAUGCUGUUUCUACCUAAUUCAUUUGAUAGUUUAGAUUUUUGACUUGUUGGUAGCUUUUCACUAAAUUUUCAAGAUAUUUUUUUGUCUUGAACAGAAUAUCUAAUCUGAUAGUUUAAGCAAAAACGUCAAAAUUUGUGCAAAAGCAAAUACUUUAUUCCACUCAAACUGAACUUUCUAUCAAAAGAAACACAAUUUGCAAUAUUUCUGUCUUCCUUUUUCAAAACAGUAUCUCAUUUUAUCAAAAUAGAAUAACACAAAAAUACAACGAAUCAUGCAUUUUCGAUAGAGCACAAUAGUAGUCCUGCGCAUGGAGUCCUGUCCUUAUCUAGAAACUUUGUAAUUUAAAGAUAUUGCUGUGUGCGUUUGAAAUGCAAAUAUCAAAUGCGGGAACACCAAACACGGUUAGAUUUUUCACAAGAAAUGCGGUCCUUUAUUCUAAUUCUUUAUUACUAUUCUAAGCAUUAAGAAAUAAAUCUUAUAUCUAAGUGUUUUGUGUUAGGCAACAC